CCAAACUAAAAAGUCGCUAUCUUUCUACAUACUUACAGUUUAUGAUUAACGUAACGAUCAAUAAGCUCUAAAUAGAGCUGUCAAAACUGUUAAACGAAGUAUGUUACGAGCAGGAAUAACUUUCCUUAUACUUUCUUAUAUUUUAUUUAUUAGUUUUGGUAAUUUGAUUUAUGCAUAACUCGACAUUCCGAUUCCCGAUAUUAGGCUUAAUUUAAAUUAAAUUACAAAUAAGCAAGACAAAGUUUAAAAGUCAUUUAUUAUCAUGUAAAAUUAUGUUGAUAUUUAGAGAGUGAAUCAAUGUUCAAAGGCAGUGAUGCGCAACAGCUGCUACGGCUCGCGAGCCGCGUGACCACAUGGCCGUAGGCAUUACGCAUUUAAUUUGUAAUGUAUAUAUAAAUUACAUACGCACUAUCGAAUUAGAUAUUGUACAGCACGCAAGAUUGUGUCUAUUUUUGAAAGUCGUUGUUUAAAAUAGUAGUUUGAAAAAAGGUUGCGCGCGUGCAGCAUUGUUCAAAGGCAUCUUCACUAUUAUGCGAUGUUCCAUAUAUGUUUAUUAAGCGCAUGAAAUUUAGUUGCUGCAAUUGGUCAACUUUAAUCGCCAGACAACGUAUAAUAUUUAUGAUAAAUAUAUAUUAAUAUUUAUUUUUUUUUAUAUUAUAAAAACAUUUUAGAGAUAAAGUAAGAUAAAAGUAAGUUUUUUUCAUUUCGACAUUCAAGCAUUCAGGAUACAUUAUGGAUCUGUUUUACAAAAUUUGUUAUUCUAAUUCUUCGCAAUAUUUAACAAAUAAAAAAUUGUGAUGACUUGUUACGUCUAUCAAAGCUAUUCAAUAUAAAUCUAAACAUUGGAUGCAUAACGUUUGUCUUUAUGAGAAAUAAUCACUACUUAUCUAUCUCCAUCUCUAUUUACAUAAAUUUUUCAAUUGAAUUCAUAGAUGUUAACAGUCUGAGUAAGAAUAUAUAGAGACCUGUACUGUUUUACUAUUGCUUUAAUAGUACAACUUUCAUAUUCCUGUUAUCAUGCAACUAGUCAACUCAAGGUUGACUCUAUGAAUAUAUUUGUUACUAAAUACUAUUUAAAGUAGUAUAUUGAAUGCGAGUGAUGUAAUAUUUCUUUUAAAUGUAGAAAAUAUUUAAAAAAUUAUAAAAUUUUAAAGAAAUUUACCUUUUAAUAGAAAUAAAAAAAUUGUUAGAAAAAAGGAUUAAACUCCUUAUUACUCUCUAUUUUUUUCCCUUAAUAUUAUUUCUGCAUGUUAUUUCUUUUUCCUUCUUCCAUUUCCUCUUCUCUUAAAUUUUUUCUAAUUUUUAUGAACAUAAUACUCUUCGUCAUCUCUCUUAUUGUUUCUUAUUGAAUAUUGCACUUUCCACUUCUACUUUCAUGGCAGCUUUUUUUUAAAGAAAAUCCUUUUCUCCCUUCGCUCUUACUCUUUCUUUAUGUAUUUUCUUUAUUCUUAUUCUUACUAUUCUUCUUUCCUUCAUUCUCUUUUAUUCCAAUAAUACACUUUCUCACUUACUGUAAAAAUCGCAAAUUCUUAUUAACUGUAAACGGAAGAAUUUCGUAACGGUGAAAGAAUCUUCAUAAAAAUUGAUUCGAUUCGUCUCGUAUAUUUUAUUAUAUUGCUUUUAUUAUCUGUAAAAUGAUUUAUUUAAUAAUCCAGUAAGAAUUACAGUAGAUGAAGUGAAACAAAAUAAACGAUAAGUAUAUCUUUGAAGAUAUAUCCUUAAACAUAUUUUUAAGAUAUUCGAAAUUUACGCAAAAAUAAUAACAAUGUUAUACAUAUAAGCAAUAGCUGUGUUUAGCAGAAAAAGCUGUUUUGCACUGUUGUAAAAUUCUUUAAUGCGAUUAACUUUUACCCUUGAUUCCUGUCAAAUCUAAAUGUACAAAUCAUAUUAAAGAAUUUUAUAACAGUUGCAAAGCUGCUUAUUCUACUGAGCGCAGCUAAUUAUACAUGUGUAGUAGCUACAGAUUAGUAGUAAUUAAUUAAAAUGAUUGCAUUCUUGCACGCUUAACAACCGUAAAUACUGGGAAUCUCUUAUUAACAAUCUAUAAAUCGUGCUGAGGUAGUAAUUUAUAGAUUUUAUGAAUUAAUUUCUCGAUAAUUAUUGUGAAAAUUGCAAAGUAAGAUUUUAUUAUUCAAUUUAAUCUACUCUAUAACAUCCAUGAGAGAUAUUACAACUAUUAUCAGACACCUAAUAAUUAUUUAAAUGUACAUGUGUGUGUGCGUGCGUGUGUGUGUGUGUGUGUGUGUGUAUGUGAUAUUAUUGUAUAAUAAAAAAGUAUGAAUAUAUUAUAAAUAUAUAAAUCUCAUAUUAAAAUAUAUUAUAAUUAUAUGUAUCAAUUUUGCCUGGAUUGAAAUAUAAGAUGCUCUUUUAUAAACUUACGUUCCAAGCUCCACUCCAAAUUCCAAGCCCUAAAAUGGGCAUUUUUUGCCCCGAGGGCAGAGGUACACUUGAAUUUUGUUCACCCAUAUUCAAUGUCUCGUAACAAAAAAAAAACCAGAUUGUAUAUUAGAAAAUAAUAUCGGAUAUAUUUCUACCACUUUUUUCUAUACUCCACCACUAUCUUUUUCUUCCCCCUUGUCUAUCUACAUAAUUAUCCAUAACUUCUACUAUACUAUCUAUAGACUUUUGUAUAGAAUGCUUAUACUCCUGAAUAACUCCUUGAAUAAUUCGUAGGGAAGUUUCAGCAAGUUUACAGAGCAUACUUUAGAAACAGUAAUUUGAUCUGGAUCGAAGAUAUUUGACUCUGUCUAAUAAUGUAUAUUUGUAUAAAUUGUGGAGUUGAAUGCAAAGAGCUUUUUCGGAGAUACUGCCCUAGUGUCCUUAAAAUUUUAAAAUGUGAGAAUUGUGGGAUGUUAGCUGACAAGUAUAUCGAAUACGAUCCUGUUAUAGUCUUUGUAGACCUUAUUCUAAUAGAAAAACCAGCUUAUAGACAUCUUCUAUAUAAUAGUAAUUUUAAAUCUUAUUGGAAGAUAGGUAUAAUAUUAUGGCUGGCCGAAUCAUUCAGGGUUUGGUCUUUUUGCGACGUAAAGGAGACAGAAUCAACUGCGUCAGAAAUGGACUUGGUUGAUAAUGCAUUACAAGACCAUUGUAAUUUUUACAAUUUGCUGGCACACACAGCACUCGCCUUUGCAGCAUUUAUUUGUGCAGUUAUCAUAGUAACCGAAUUAAAAUGGUUUAUCAUCGGCAAAAAACCAUACAAAUACAGCUUAAAAGAUUUAAGUCGCGCUCUAAUAGUCGGGGGCUGUGGUAAAUUAUUAGGAUUUCUAGGAAUAGUGUGGCGGCACAUAGCCUCAGGUCCAUAUUACCUUCUUAUUCAAGGUUACACCGUUUUAUGUCUUUUAACUGCAUAUUCAGUUGUCUGCAAGAGUGGAAGGGGAGGAUCUUUGAUUGGAUUAAUUGCUGGAUUUUUACUGUAUGGUUAUAUAUGUACUUCCAUUUCUAAAUUGCACCUAAAUAUUCCCAAUAUCACACUAACAUGACAUAAAAUACCCGAUAAAACCACACAGUUUUUGAUGUUCAAGCAUCUUUAACGGGAAGAACGCUCCAACCUAACACUAGUCUAUCGAAACCACAAGAAAAUAAAUUACACACACUGCUAUCUUCCAACCAAGCAACAGAGCACACCAUUCUACGAUGGCCCUGCAAAUGUAAUUAUAUUAUUUUUUAUUAAGAUACAUUUGUAAUAUAUAUGUACAUAUUAUAAAAAAAAUAAAGAAUAAAUUUGAUCGCGUUAUGCAAUUUU